CUCCCCGCAGCAGAAGCCAUUUUGGACUCAGUUCAGUUUCUCCGCAUGUCAAUACGGGACCGUGUCCGUCAGCACGGGGGAGAAAGAAACAGUAACCGAGCGGAGAGGGUUAGCAAACGCGUCGCUUCUUUCUUUUUUAUUUUCCUUCCUAAAGGCAGAGUCGUGUUCAGUGUUUCCGGAGGCUCCUUUGUGUGUGUGCGUGCGCGUGUUUGUGUGUUUCGUGCGCGGGAAUCGCGCGUGUCCCCCCCCAUGGAUGUGUCCGUCUUCUGAAGUUAACCGCGAGCUCGUGCGCUGCUGUUUUCUUUGGGCUCGCGCACUCCCCAAAACUCUGCACGCUGUGCAGGCAGGCCGCUUUGGGCUCUGUGUUGGCCGUGUGUUGGCCGUGUGUUUCUUUGUAUCAGUGUGUAUGUGUGUGUUUGUCCCCCUCUGGUCAGUGUUUAAAUGUUCCUAACGGAGGAGAGAUUAAAAAGGGCAAAAUCCGCUGCGCUGCUUUUUCAAUAAGAGGAAUAUGAUCGCUUCCUGGCUGACUUUUGCACUUCUUUUGGGAACUUUUGGUGCAGUACCCAGCCAUGGAGAGGUGGAGACGCGAGAGUGUUUGUACUACAACAUCAACUGGGAGAUCGAGAAGACCAACCAGAGCGGCGUGGAGCGGUGCGAAGGCGAGAAGGACAAGCGCUCUCACUGCUACGCUUCAUGGCGAAACAACUCUGGAACCAUCGAGCUUGUGAAGAAGGGCUGCUGGUUGGAUGACUUCAACUGCUAUGACAGGCAAGAGUGCGUGGCCACGGAGGAGAACCCGCAAGUGUUCUUCUGCUGCUGCGAGGGCAGCUUCUGCAACGAGAGGUUCACACACCUACCUGACGUGAACGGACCAGUGAUCGAGCCCCCUCCUGCUGCAGUCUCCCUGCUGAACGUAUUGGUGUACUCCCUGCUGCCAAUCACCAUGCUCUCCGUGGCUCUGCUGCUGGCCUUCUGGAUGUAUCGCCACCGCAAGCCACCCUACGGCCACGUCGACAUCAACGAGGACCCAGGUCCAGCCCCUCCAUCUCCUCUGGUAGGGCUGAAACCCCUGCAGCUGUUGGAGAUUAAAGCUAGAGGACGCUUUGGAUGUGUGUGGAAAGCCCAGAUGAUGAAUGAAUACGUAGCUGUGAAGAUCUUCCCCAUUCAGGAUAAGCAGUCGUGGCAAAAUGAGCGAGACAUGUUCAUCACACCAGGGAUGAAGCACGACAACUUGCUGCGUUACAUCGCUGCUGAGAAACGUGGGACCAGCCUGGAAAUGGAGCUCUGGCUCAUUACUGAGUUCCAUGAAAAGGGUUCUCUGACUGAUUUUCUGAAGGGAAGUGUUGUAAGCUGGAAUGAGUUAUGUCACAUUGCUGAAACUAUGGCUUGUGGCCUGGCCUACCUUCAUGAAGAUGUACCACGGUAUAAAGGAGAAGGCCCCAAACCUGCCAUUGCUCACAGGGAUUUCAAGAGUAAAAAUGUGAUGCUGAAGAACGAUCUGACCGCUGUCAUCGGCGACUUCGGGUUAGCGGUGAAGUUUGAGCCUGGGAAAGCUCCAGGAGACACUCAUGGCCAGGUUGGCACGCGGAGGUACAUGGCGCCCGAGGUGCUGGAGGGAGCCAUUAACUUCCAGAGGGAUGCGUUUCUGAGGAUAGACAUGUACGCUAUGGGACUCGUGCUCUGGGAGCUGGUGUCCCGCUGCGCAGCCGCUGAUGGUCCAGUAGAUGAGUACAUGCUGCCGUUUGAGGAGGAGAUUGGACAGCACCCGUCCCUGGAGGACCUGCAGGACGUCGUAGUCCACAAAAAGAUGAGGCCCGUGCUGAAGGAGUGCUGGCUUAAACAUCCGGGUCUGGAGCAGUUGUGUGAGACGAUAGAGGAAUGCUGGGACCAUGACGCCGAGGCUCGUCUGUCAGCGGGCUGCGUAGAGGAACGUCUCUCUCAGAUCCGGCGCCUCAGCAGCGGCCCUGCCUCCGACUGCCUCGUCUCCGUGCUCACCUCCGUCACCAACGUGGACUUAGCACCCAAAGAGUCCAGCAUCUGAGAACGAGGGGUGGGGCGGGGGGGGAAUAAACUCUCAAAAAAACGAAACCCGAAGCAAAAGAAACAACCUUCGUCUUUCCAGACUCAGCGGAUCUCAGACAACAAUGAAUGCAGCUGCUAUUUUAUCCUGACGUUUUUUAAAUUAAUUAUCAUUAUUAUUAUUAUUAUUAUUAUUAGUAUGAUUAUUAUUCUGAUCGGAUCAGUACUACCAGCACACUUCGCUACUGUAUUUUUAUCAAGAGAGGAAAACACAAAAAAAAAAAAAAAAAAAAACAGCAUAAGGACAUCUCAAAGCGCAUUCAGGUGCCGACUUAUGAAUGCUGACAAGAUGCAGGUACCUCAACCGUUUCAUUUCAGUGGGUUUGUUUUGUUUGUUUUCGUUUUUUUUUUCUUUCUAUUCCUAUUUUUCUGUCUUCUGGACAGGAUUGCCUAAGGCAAAACCAACCAACACAUCAAGCAACCGUUCACCAUGUUGGAAAAUACAACAAUGCUGCAAAACCUGUGAGGAACAUUUAUGACUGUUACAUUAACCUUCCUCAAGGAAUUUUUAUUUCCAAUUUUUUUUAAAAGAACUUUUCCUCUCUGACUGUGUGCUAUUCAAAUUUACGGAAAACGUGUCUUUUACGGAACUAACGGGUGUCUCUAGAACACAACAAAAUGUGGAAGACAACUGGAUUGUUUUGUUUUUUUCUUUCUUUUUCUUCUUGAUUUGGUUUUGUGCUGUCGAAGCUGGCGACUGUGAAGAGGGGGUCGGUUCAGAAUUUUUAUCGUGUGGAAACGAGAAUUUAGGUUAGAGAAAAUUGGCUUUGCAUUUUGAGAUGGUGGACAAGGCUAGGAUUUGGAUAACGUGUUUUGUUUGGUACGGAAUUAUUUCUCAGGUAACCAGUUCGGGU